GGAAUAGAGCGCUGCCUGCCUGCCCUGCUGCUGCUGCUGCAACAACCUCACUCGCGUGAUUUCACAAACGGGCGUCACGCACAUUAUUCGGCUGAUAUACAUACAUAACGCCGCCCAGGGGGACGAACAUGUUAAUUCACCAUCGACUGAAAGCUGUCUGUGGGGAGGAGGAGAAAAACAGCUGAAAGAAAGUUUGCGGAGAGAGGGCUGUUUUGAACUAGUGGAAGUGUUUCGACCGAAACCUAGAGGCGCUUGUUGGGCUUUUUGCCCCACUUUUGGAUUACGACAUGGAUGCUUUGAAAUCCGCUGGAAGAGCAAUUAUACGAAGCCCGAGUAUCGCCAAACAGUCGUGGGGUGCGGGCAGGCACAGAAGUGAGUAUACAGUAAUUCACAGCACUACCACGAAGACGUUAGCUGACGCCACUUAAGCUAAAAAAUGCUAACUGGGCUUAAACAAGCUAGCACCGACAAGGAGCUAACAUCGGUUAUAUGUUACUCAGCGUUACUUUCCAAGUCGCCUGUGGAUGUCACACAUAGUUGUUGCCACAUAGAAGCUGCCAGUGUAGUGUUGAGCAAACCAAAUGUUGGUAGGGGGGGUUUCAUCUCCAGUGCGACGAACUGAUGUCGAAAGUAUCUUAUUUUGCCCGGUGUUAUGCCGUAGAAUGCACCCCUGCCGUAGACUGCACCUCCUGACGGCAGCGCGGUUAAAAGUACAUAACAAGGCGAAAUAAUCCAAGUUUUCUCAACUAUUGGAUGGAUUCAAAAGCGUGUGCCUUUGAAUGAUAUCAUCUAGGCUAUGCAGAUAAGCCGAAAACAAUAGCCAUCUGAUUCGGAAUAUUUGCUGUCCCGAAAAUAUAAUGUUCUCUACCUUGACAGCUUACUGUACAGUUUACAUACCCAAGUACACCUCUAUUUGUGCAUUUUUGAGACACAUUAAAACAGAAAGAAAGUUUGCUGCUCCAUCUGACAUGUUGUCAUAAUCCAAUACUCGUGUUUUUUUUAAAUAUGAGGUCAUUUUCUUCCACUUUAAGAAGCUAAUGAGUGGAUGGGAUGCAGGGGUGCAUUCUACGACACAACACCUGUGAAACUUGCUUUACAACCUUCACUGUAUAGCAUGGCUACUAGACUGAAUGUACACUCAUACUGACAGCAGCGUCCCGGAGCUUGUAAACAAACUCUUGUUUAGCAGAGAGUUACACACUUGCCUCUUACACUGGUUAUAGCAUAUCGAACAAGUCAUAUUAGUCACUCGUUCUCGUACACUUUGGCCAAAAGCAACCACAUGAUACAACAUAACUUUAAAGAGUUUGGUGAAAUCCUGUGGUCGUCUGCCACGUCACUCCUUCGACAAACUGUCACGAUUUGGAAAUUCACAACAGCGGCUUAGCCGGGAGCUUAAAAGCAUAAACCAGACUGUAGAGCGGCCGGGGACUGGUGUAAGGGAGUCGCCGGUGUGAAAAAGCACGAAGAGAUGAGUAGUCUCUCUGGCAAGGCUGUUCAAUCCUAGCAACUCACUGUUGCUAGGUGAUACAUUAAGUGAAACAAAAAAGCAGACUUUUCAAUGAGUAGAUUCAGAGCCAGAAUCAAAUAAGAGUCUAAUUAAACUCGUGUGCCACGCUCAAAUCAAGGGUAAAGCUAAUAAUCGCUUUGGGUGUCAGGCUGUAGCUGAUGCUCUACAACUGUAUAGCAUGGCUACGAUACUCAAUGUAUAGGCUAGCAUGGCUUUCAUUCGAAGUAUAAGCUGCCUUGAGUGGUUCUAUAUUGCGUCCUCAAAAGAGGACCCAUGACACCCUCCAUUCUCUCUAUUUCAUAGACAAUAGUGCACUUGACAGCAAGAUUCCACACGUGCCACACAGUGAAAUCGAUGCAUUGUUUUGGUCAACUCCUCAGCGGGAAUGCUUUAAUCGCACGACCCACUCUCAUCUUGACAAGGCAGGAGGAACAGGGCUCUAACGACCAAUGAAUCUCUAAAGCUGAAACCUCACACUGAUGGUGAGCUUUACCUUGACUCCACAUUCAAUCUGCAGGAAAUGUCACAUUAUUAUAGACUUUACUGUGUGUUAGCAAGCACAGAAGAACUGCAGAUUAAUAAAUGGAAAGGCAACAUGUUCUGACUUGUGUCAGUAAGCUACUGACUCAUGGCUGACCCUGUAUCUGCAGGAAAAGUAUCAAGUUACCACCUCUAUUUUGGCCAUGAUAUUAAAAAGACAUUUCUGUUAUGAGGAGCCUUUCUGGCAGAAAUUUCAGGUGAUUAAAAGUGUGAUAACUCUACAUUUUGGAAUAGUAAUAGUUUUCCUCAGUCUUGUUACUGUGCAUGCACCAUCAUGUGUCAGUUACGCCAUUUCCUGCUUGGAAUGAGUCAGUUCGGUUCCUAGCUGAGGGUAGGGAAAAGGGAAUGUAACAUAUCCAUUUUUAAUCCAGACACUGAGUGGCAGAAAAUCUCUGUCUGCACUGACAAAGAUAAACAGUUCCUCCUGUAUACCUGUUCAAAUAGCUGCCUUAAGACUGUUUGUACUGAGGCAGCCACACAGUCUGUGUCAGUAAAUCCAUGUAGAUGGCAAAUGGGGAGAGUAAGUAGACCUCAAACCUUUAAACUAUAUUUUUAAAAAGAUGUGUGCCAAGUCAACUUUGCUUAAACUUUACUCUAGAGAUGGUUUGUGGUGUACCUGUUGAUCACUACGUGUUCUUGUGGUUUAGAAAAGGCACGUAUAUAGAGAGAAGCUGAGGUGAGGUGAGGUGAUGGUACACAUCCUUAUACAAGAGGUCUACCUUUUUUUGCACAGGCUCUUGCACUGACCCUGCACUUCUGCCCCUGCUCUGGAUAAUGAGUGCUAUGUCCCUCACAGAGGUCAGUCAAUGGGGUCUGCUAGGCUGUAAUGGAGACUGCCUCUUUGUCGAACAGUUUUGUUCUCAGUGAUUUGUUGACCUGUUCUAUCCUCUGCUGCCCCGGUCUUUUUGAGUCACAAGUGUCAUUUAAAUAUUUUGGUAAAAGGGACUGCACUUUCACUCUUUCUGAAAGAGGAUGAUUUGUGUUGUAGAGAAAUGGAUGUUGACUUCUCACUCAAAAGUUGACACAGCAGUUACAUGGCAGACAUUGAUCAUCAAAUUUGUUAUCAUGAUCAGUGGUUGGCUGAUUAUUGCCAAAUGAGUUUAUCAAACAUAAUCUGAUCUAUUUGCAUCUGUUUUAACUAUAUUGAGUACACAUGUACAUGAUACCAACAUUUGAUUUCUUUUUUCUCCUAAAACAGAAACAAAAUUUAAAAACCAAGUGUGUCCCUUUUUGCCAUGUUACUGGCUACUCUGAAAGACGUAACCACAGGAAACACAGGUGGCCUCCGUUUCCCUUUCCUUGUGACAAAUAAUUGAUGUAAUCUCUACCAGCCAUAUGUGUAGACAUGAUCAGUGUGGUUGUUCACAGUUCUUCUUGUCAGGUGGACAUGACUCCAAAGAUGCAGUUUUACUUUGUUUGUAAGGGGGGAGCUUAUUAUGAAUCCAAACUAAAUAUAUUUAGCUAACAGCAUGGGAACAGCAUUUAUUUUUCCUAUAAACUACUGCAAAUAUGAUCCCAGCUUAAAGGCCCCAAAAGCACAAGUGAGGCAUUGUUUUGAACUGGCAGUAAUUAUAGCCUGACUUUACUUAAACUUGCCUGUCAGUCUGUUGAGGCCUUUUUUAUGUCCUCCCGGUGUAAGGUCAGUAGACAGGAAUAAAAGUGAAGUAGUUAAUGAGGCAGCCUCUCUGUCUCAAUCCACUAUGCAAACGUGUAAUUCUGGCAGGGCUUGCUUUUUGUUCAGCAACCACUCUCAGACUGACACUUGUGUCCUUUUCUUUCUCGGCCAGUGUUGUGAAGUCUUAUGAAACUUCACUUGAGACGGCCUUUACUGUGAACUCCUCGUGUAUUUGAAGUCCUCUGGGGAUUCUAGGCUGAUCCCUUUAAUUUGAAGGGGUGGUAUUAUGCCAUUAUGACACCCAGAGGUCAUUCCUGCUCAUGGUUUUUAGUAUCUGAGAACUGACUCAGAACCCAAGUCAAACUGGUCAAAAUUAGAUCACUGAAAUGGUUAUGACACAUAAUGUGGGAGUGGGACACUACACCUGAACCCUGUCUUUAUAACGUAACAGUCUUAAAACCAAAAUAAUUCAGUUUUUAUUACAAAGACCAGUUACAAAGUUUUAAAACAUGAGAUACUUUGUUCAUGUUUUGCCUAUUUGGAGAGUUACAUAUAUUUUUUUCAAUUGUCAUUUCAACAGUAUUUAUGCCAAUCCACCAAUGUUUAAGGUCCUACUUCUACCAACUCUACUGCUUAGAAAUUACAUGUACAACUGUGUUGUCCUUCUUCAUUUAAUUCCAGUUUAUAUUCUUAUAUGGUGUAUUUAGUUAAGCUCAUGUUUACUGAUUUUAGGAUGUACCUCAGGAUGUCCCUCAAAACCAUUUGACUAUCAAUAGAAACUGGCUCCUCCUGUUUGGCUUGACAGAGGGUGCUUAAACAGAUCAGUUUCACUGCCCUGCUGCUUUCUGAAAGCACAUUCUGGCCUCAGCUGGUUAUCAGCUGUAAUCCCCAUCUGGCAUGACCACUCAUUUCCCUACACUCUGUUUAACCCUAACUUUCCUCCUUUGAGUCGAUUUGGCCAAUACUGAAAGACCUGUGUCCAAAUAUUACGACUUAAACUACGCCUGUAAGACGCUUAUCUCCUGUAAUCCUCCUGUUAUCCAAGAGUCAUUGUUUUGCAUGGUCAUCAAAUGAAAUACUUAUAGCUACAUAGUCAUGCAGCACUUGAUCCAGUAUUAUUCUUAUAAUAAUUAUUUUUUUAACUGUAGUAAUAUCCCUGUUAAGAGUUUCUAGCUGGCUAUGAAACAGACUAAUAAUGAAGUGAUGCCUCUUUAUGGCCUGAAAGAGCAACAGGGACCAUUGGCAACAAAAAUGACAAUCUAGGACCUCGAGAGAGAGAGACCAUUGAAUCGGGGGCUGAUUCUCCAGGUCGAUUUUGGCAUUUUGAUGUAAUUGCACUUUAGUAUUGCCAGAAAUAUCAAUCAUUUCCUGAAAUCUUUUGCAUAACCUAGAAGCUUUGUCUUUCCGAGGAAAUUUUAAAUGUCUUCUCUAAAACAUGUUCAUUGGUUAAGGUAACCAUUUGACUUUCAUGGGCUAGUCCACACAAAUUUCUUUUUUUAUUGCAUCCUCAAUAUUUUUUACCUGAUGAUAUAUAUUUGCAUAAUUUCAGAUCAAGUCCACUGUGAUGAAAUUUUACUGAGCCUAAUAUUAGUCCAUUUCCAUUUAUUUGAUAAAAUGUCUAUUCUUGUUCAGUAAUCUAGUUUUUCAAGAGGCGGAACAACACUACUGGAACAGUCUUUGUACCAGGCAGAGACAGACAGUGAAUGGUCCAUGUACAGUAACAGGCUGUCCCCUUUGACCAGCAACACUAAUUCUUUUUUCUCCCAAACAAUGCCCUAUCCCAGCCUUUUCCUGUAGUGUCAGUGUUUCUGUCAAAGGAAUAGGAAUAGAGGAUGUUUCCACAUCCUUGACCUAGACUUCAUUUAACCAUAAAAUGGUUAAGACUGAACCAUAGAAGUUACAAAUCUGCAAUAAAAUGUUAGACUUAAUUUUGUUGCAUAGAAAGAAAUUGUCCAAGGCUUUUUUCUAACAAGUGUUGUACCGUUUCUGUGUGUAUCCCUCGGGGCAUUACUUCCUCAUCUGAGUCAGCCGUUUCUAAAUUAGUUUUAAGUGUCCUGAUUGGAAUCUAAUAAUGCUGGAAUAGGUCUUUUCUGCAUAUGCCUCAUCACUGUGAGAUAAGAGGAGGUCAUCUCCUCACCACAGCUCUGUUGGUUAGGACCCUAAAUGACUUGGAGCACUCUGUUUUUCAAAGUUGUUUGUGAUUUGUGGUUGAAGUCAGGUUUGAUAGUGCUUACUCAGUCUUUUUAUGGUCAUUCUAUUCCAUGAAAAGACUUUGCAAAAAAACUUUGAUUGUUCUUUGUCUGACAUAUUGUUUUUUUCUGAGCCCUACACUUCCACAUAUUCAUAAACCAAUUCUUUAUAUUGGUAAUGUAAAGUCGUGUUUCUUUACUAGGAUGAACAUUACAGUUCUUGUCUAGCAGGAGCUGGUUCUGAAAUGACCGUGCUGCUGUAAAUCUGCAAACGAAAGUGACCCUGUUUCUUGUAGUUGAAGGCUUUACAUCCAGAUGAAUACAUGCAAAUACAUGCUAAAGGUCUCAGGCCCUGGGUGAUAUGUGGAUACAUUCACUAUUUUGGGUCAGUCAUUCAUAAGCAAAACAUUACUUUCACCAAACUGGCACUAUUCUGACCACCUCAAGUCAAGCAAAUAUGUUUUUUUUUUUUAACUUGGAUCAAAAUUACCCACCCCACUUACCAACAACACUCUUGAUCUUCAACUUCACAGGGUCAGCUCUUAAAUACCUCUGCUCAAAGCUCCUUAUAUCUCAGUGCUGUUUUCUUCUAAUUCUAUAGACAUAUUGUUUGUGAAACAAAGCAACAACAAAAAUAAUAAUAAUUGCGUGGUUUGGAAACCAGUUAAAGGAUCAUUCAGAAGUGAGAUGUACCUGUGAAUUAUCAAUACAUUUCUGCUGAGCUGGAAGUGUUAUAAUAAGAGAUUUAGAAAGAUGUAAACUUGUACUCUUGUUCAUUUAGGGAGACUAGUUGCUAAGCAUGGUAAGAGCUGCAUACCUUUUCUUUGUUCCACGUGUCUCUUCCUGGUAGCUUUGCUGGUGGAGUGUUGAAACUUGUCAAAACAGGGUGAUGGGAGCAGGUUUCCAGCUGGUAGAAUGGUUUUCCACCUGCUGUCAAAUUACAGACUAAUAAUACUUCAGUGGGUGUUUGACUGUGUGUUUUAACAAAGCCUUAAGGCUGUUGUAUAUUAACAUCCCCCAAAAUGAUAACCCAUUUUUCUCAUCUUAAAUUCAAAUAUAUAAUAGUUACAGGCUCGUUUUCAAUAUUAAUUCUGUAUUGAUCUUAAAUAUCAGUUAAAUAUUGCUUCUGACAUGAGUACUAGUCAUCUUCUGAAAUCCAUAGCAUGGCAAACUGCUUCCUUGUGUUUCAUGAAAUAAUUAAAAUCCAUCUAAAACAGGUUACUGGCUUACUUUUCGUAAAAACUGACAUACAUGUGAUGUUUUUUUGAGGGGGAAAUAUGGUUCCUGGAAUAGUCAGCAGACAAUCAUAAUCAUUCAACUGUUUCACUGGUGUUGACUAAAUGUAGUCUAGAAAUCGAGAAAAUCAACAAUAUCGUAGAAUCGCAAUUUAAAUCGAAUUAGCAUCCAAAAAUGGUAGAAGAAUUGAAUCAGGAGAAAAGCAUGUUGUCCCAGCCCUCGUAAUUAUACAAAUGAUAUCUUUUCUGAGCCUUAAAUCUUCGAGUGCUGUCUGAGCAAGUCUUUCAAAUUCAUUGACACAUACUGUGCUUUAAAACUGUACUCUCAAGUUUAAGCAGAUCCAGUGAUUUUUAGAGAAGUGUCUUUUAAAUGAAAAAAAAACAAAAAACUUACCCACGUGUCUAUUUUAUUUGAUUGGCUUUGCUCUUAUAAAUGUUAAAAUCUACUAUUUUUGGUUAGCCUCUGCUGCUUUUUCCCACAUGGUUUAUGUGCCCAUAAAUGUAUGGCUAAUGCAGCGUAAGGAAAAUACUUGCAAAGUAAAAAUGGUAAGGAAAUGCAUCAGCUGUAAACUUAACCUGUUCAGUCAACACAGUAAACCAGCCAACUCCUCUAAGAACCUGGAAAGAAAUAGUAAAUCUCAAAUGUCAUUUAUACAUGUAAAAGCUGAAGUUAUCAUUUGGCUGCUAACCAGACUGUGCUGCUGUUAGAUACAGAUACCCUUUUUAUUAGUUGUAACUGCUCUUUUCUUUACUAUUUGUUGACCCAUCACGAUUUCUCAGUGUAACACUUUAAACUGCUGUAAAUCCAAACUCCUAAUAUUCCGUUUGAGUCAUGCACACCUAUCAAAAAGCAGAUUUUCACAUUUAAGAGGCUGGAAAAAGUGUUUUUUGUGCCUUGUAAAAGAAACCAGGAGACUCAAGUGUAAUGCAGAAUAGAUUAACUAAUUUUACCAAUAAUAGUUGGCUGCACAUCUGCUUGGAUAAUUUUGACAAUCCUUAUGAUGUAGAUAAGAUGAUCACCCCCAACAAUGGGGACGUGAUGUUGUUGAGAGUGUUUGUGACAGAUCUUUUGUUGAACAAAACCGAAUCCCUUUGCCCUCUCUCACUAUCACAGCCAACAACAGCACAACAGUGAGUUGUUUAUGAGCUUCAGACAGAAUUUAGAUGUUUGCUGUUGGACAGGAAGAAGCAAUUCCAGAUCAACUUGUCUAAGCUUCUACCCUGGUUUGUUUCAGUUGUCAGUAAAUGUUAGUUCACACAAGAUGUUUGUGGUUUUUCUUUUUCACUUCCCCAUCUCUGUGGUGUAGUCUGUUAUUAAGGCCUCAUAUCAGAUAUAUUUUUACUCUUAUUAUGUGAGAAGUCGGAAUGUGUCUGUCAUGAUCAACUCAGCUGACAGUGCAUGAACAGUAGAAUCUGGCUCCUGUUUAAGAGAUGGUUUCCCUUGACCCCCUUUGUUGUUAUUCGAUAUGUUGUUAUUUAAUAUGUUAUUUACAUGACUAUAUAGAGCGAUAACUCUCUCUCUGUGGGGACAGCAAGUUCAGUUGGCAUGAAGGCUGGUACUUGAUUGUGUGAUAUUGUUUUUGCCAUGGAUGUCAAUUCUACCUGACCUAUCUGGAGUUCCAGAUUCUGUCAAAAUAACAUCCUGAAUACAUUUUAGAGAGAGAUAAAAUCUAAGUCCUCUAUACUAUCUGAAAUGACAGGUUUGCAGAUUAUGCAGUAUUUCGGUUGUUAUAACAGGUCGGGUGAAAACCAUAAAAGUUAUUUUAAUUCACACUAUACUCUCAGCGUCUCUUCAUGUCCACUGUUAUUAGAAAAUUAUAUUGAGUUUUUUUUUCUAGUAUAUAUGCUGAGAUAAAUCAUGACACAAAGAGUUAAAUGGAAUUGAAUUGUAAGGUUCGUGACAAUACCCCGCCAUAGUUUAAAGCACAAAGUCAUCACUCCUUGCUCCAUAGCAAGGCCUUUAACCCGAAUGAUAAAAAUAGGAUAUGAAUGUCAUAAUGGCAUCUAUAACUGGAAAGAGUGUGUAAUACCGGGGUGUAGUACUUUUGCCUGCUAAUACUAGCAUCAUAGCAAAGGUUUCAUUGUGGGGUCUAGCCAGAUAAAACAAGUCUUGCAGCCAAUGUGCAUAAUCUAUUUUCUGCAAGGCAAAUAGACAAGGAGGCUUUUCUAUGAAUGUUUUCUAUCCUUCAUGUUAAGUCCACAUGACUUGGAGAUUUUUGAGGCCGAGAAAUUCAUGGAAUUCUGAAAUAAUCAACAUCAGUCAAUAUUUGGGUUUAUCAAUAAACAAAUAAAUAAACUAUGUCUGUGGGCACUGCCGGCAGCCAAAUAGAGAUGUUAUCUGUAGAUUGCACAUCAAAACUUGCUCCAUUUUUACAUCAUAGGCCAGGUAUAAAGAAUUAAUUACAUUUCAUAACUUCGUUUUUUAGGAUGUGGAAAUUUGCAAUUCAAGGUUUGGGUGCUGUCAUAUCUAAAGCAGUUGAGUUUACCAUUCAAAGUUAACUGAGAGAAUGCAGUGCUGUGCUGACAUGUCAUGUAUCUGAGCCUGCCAAACAGCACAAGCAGUGGGAUUGCCAAUGAGCAUGUGUUAUUGGUGUGUGUCCUAUCCACAGAGCUUCCAGAAAACUGGUCAGACACGAGGGAGACCCUUCUGGAGGGCAUGGUGUUCCAGCUCAAAUACCUUGGGGUGACGAUGGUUGAGCAACCCAAAGGCGAGGAGCUGUCUGCAGCUGCUGUAAAGAGGAUAGUGGCCACGGUAAGAGACAACACACCUCCUCCUCUCAAAUGCAAAAAGCAGGGCAUCCAAACACACAGGGUACAUUUGAAAAGUAAACAAAAUCCUCCUAAACCUCCUCUCCUUUUACCAAGUCAUAAAGGAAAUUCAAAAAGCAUUAACACCCCUCGCAUUUGUUUAACUUAUUAUGGAGAUGCAAAUUGUGAACACAUUUUGUUCUGACAAUAAUUUGCAUUUCAUGACUAAAUGAAAAGGCAGAAGUGGGACUUUGCAAAGUUUAGUAAAUGUAUCUAAAUUAGAAGAAUAUGUACUCAGAGAAUAAGUCAAUCUGUAAACUCAGUUCUCAGUCGAAGGAUGCCUGAACCAAUUCAGCCAGGAGUCAAACCCUGCGAAUUUAAGCAAAGGAAAACACAGGUUAAAGGUAACUCCAAGAUGGCAUCAGUCCAUAAUGACUCUACAGAGAUUUCACUCAGUUUGAUCUCGGUUUUAUCAGACUGGAGAUCACUGAGUUCUAUUUUUCCCCCUUAUGUCAGCUCUGAGACCUGAAACAGGUCUCUUGUUUUUCAGAAAGUCCCCAGUUGAGGUGUUGGAACAUGUCAAAGAUGAUCAGGAGAUAGAGGUCACAUGUGCUGUUUGAUGUUCAUUUCAAAUAUCUGAAUGUUUGUAUCUCUCUAUUUUUAACUGUUUUAAAUCUUGUUUUCACUAAGUAUUAUAAGAUAUCAAGUUUAGAUAUUUAUCAAGAAGUCUGGUUGUUAUUGUUUGAUGACAACUCACAUAUCCGCCUUUCUCUAUGUAACCCGCACCUUUCUUUUUCUUUCUUUUUCUUCUUUUUCCUGUUCUUGAAGGCUAAAGCUAGUGGGAAAAAACUUCAGAAAGUCACAUUAACGGUUUCCCCUCGAGGAAUCAUUCUUUAUGACAGUGCCUCCAACCAGCUGAUAGAAAAUAUCUCCAUUUACAGGUAAUUCUAUUUCCUUCAACUGUUGCUGUUUCCAACAUACUCUGUGUUCAUGAUUAUUAUUUUUUAUUUAUAUAUUUUCAUUUUUAUUUUUAUUUUUUUGGGGGGGGGGGUCUUGUGAGACAGUCUUAAGUGUUUUCCUGCGUAUCUGUAUGAUCUGUGUGCAAAAAAGCUGCAAAAGUGUCCAAGACACUUGACUCGAUAUACCCCCGCUUGCUGCGCCCAGUGGUGUGUGGAUGGGAUCACUGAAAAACUGAUGGUCUCUCCAACAUCAGUGUGUGAAUUAUAGUAUGAAUGGGUGAAUGUAAUAAGUGAUGAAAAGCGCCUUUAGUGGUAGACGAGAGAAAGUCCUACAUAAACGUAGUCCAUUUACCAUUUACACAUGGAACUAUACAGUCAGUGUCAACAGAUUGUGCUUGAUUGUAUAUCAACUUGCAAGUUUAGAUGAUCUUCUCUGGCCUUCACCAAGAAUCAACAUGUGUUAGUCUAUAUAUCAGUCAGUGGCUGAACUGCCAAUCAAUUUCCCAUUUGCCCAUCGGUUUUCCAAUUUCAUCAUAUGACCAACACAAUAUCUAAACUAACCUUAUUUUCUCACUUUUCAGCAGAACCUUGGGCCAUUUUCUUGGUUUACUGGGUACUUUUAUUCUUUCCAGCUACUUAGUUUUGUCAUUGCUUGUCAAUAAACAAUAACUCCUUUGUGCAGCUUAAAGUAAUCAGGAUAAAGUUGAUCUCUAAAGCUUGUAGCAUUCGACCAUAAGAAACUCUAGUUUCUGCAUUGCUAAGGUAUUUUUGUUUCUGAUUUAACCAGGGCCAUGCUUCACAAAGCAGGUGUAGUAGAAACCCUCAGUUUGUUAACCCUAGAAAUGCAGAAACUCUAGGUCUCUCUGUUUCGGACAAGGACGUAAAGGGACAUAACUUAGGCCCAUUCAAGAAGCUCUGGGUCAGUUACUAUGGUAACUGAGUCUGUGGACCUAAUCUGGUUGGGAGCUGGUAUUCUUCAGUGAGCACUGAGUUUCUCUCUGUUUCCUUUCUCUUCUAAAGUCAGAAACCCAGUUUCAUUUGUACAUUUAUUUACUAAGUCUGUAUGAUGUGUGAAAACAGAAAUUCAUCAUUUAUCAAAGUAAAGAUCUAGACGUCAGUUAGGCAUGUAGAAUGUAGUUUUUCCAAACAUGGCGUGUCCUUUGAUCAAAUAGUCUCGAGAUUAAGGGGCUGCAUUACCCUACUGAGAGCUAAAUUUCCAUUGGAAGAGGAUUUUGAGACCCAGCUGAAUGUUCAGUCAUUUCCAGACAACAGUUUGAGUGUUACUGUUUUUUCAAAUCUCGGUUGUGUAUCUCUUCAUGAUCUAAUAGAGCCUCAACAUCACAAACUUCACCCAUUAUAAGCAAUUUCUCUUCUUUUCCCCCUGCCCAGAUUGCAUCUCCGCCAAAUUAAGAAUUAAUUUAGGUUCAAUAUCAUUCCACCACUUUUCACCUUUAACUUAAUAUUAUGCAAUUAAAUAUUAAAUGAGACUAAAUUCAAAAGCAGCAUAUUCUCCUACGCUGCUCUUCUCCCUUUUGCUCUGUACUGGGUCUUGUUUUUUUUUUGCUGAAAAUAUGUUAAAAUUUGAGGCAUGUAGGCAAGAGAGUUUCUAGUCUUACAGGAGGUAAAGUAGGCAGAGCUCUUUUUGUUUGCCAUGGUGAAUCAUAGGCCGCCAAAGUUCAUUGAAAGAGAAGAAAAGAAAAGAAAAUGGUAUGUAAGAUAAGGAGAACUUUAUUGAUCCUCGAAGGGAAAUUCAAAUGUGAACAGAGAUCUAACUGUGCAGACAUGGCUGAAUCCUCUUGUUUUAUUCUCUGUUCCUCUGUAUUUUCUGUGCUUGCACGACUCUCAUUUGUUCUUGUGACCCUUUGUCAUCAAAAUGGUGCAGUAGAAAUCUUCCUCUUUUUUUGUUAAUGACCCAAAAAUAUGUGCGUAUACCCAGUAAAACGCUGCACAGAUAAAGCAGCACUCCAUUAGAGCUCUUCUCACUGGACAUCUACUUCAGAAGACAGGGAUGGAUUAAUAAAAAAAAAAGUAUUUUCUUAGGCCCAGUUCCUCCUGUACCAAAAUGUGUGUUUUACUUAUCUUGGGUUUGAUGUGUAGUCCCCAACAGUAGCCAUGUUUACAUGGGCAGAAUUUCUUGAUCUGAUUAAAAAUUUGAGGGAUUGGAUAAUCUCAAUCCACUGUUUAUAUGAGUGCAAAAUCAAAUAAUCUGAUCAUGACGUGUGUAUACAUGCACCAAGCUUUAUUCGGAUUAGAAGUAUUUGGAUAUGUGCAGAGUUGUCUGAUUUCGCUAAAACAACCACAGAAGAAGAGUUGUAUUUACACCUGUGCUGUCAACAAAUCAACAAACGCCAUAGUGGCUCACUCACUCCGUCCAAUUCAGGAGUUUUCCCCCUGUUAAAUGUUGUCAAAGGUUACACUGUGCGUGCACAUGUGACAUCAUUAUGCUGUAUGUACGCCUUGUUAUGUUAUCGAAGGAGCAGACACAGCAUCUGCGGUGGUCUUUUAUGCCAGAGUGUUAAUGAUGAAACCUCCUGUACUGGCCUGAAUAAAUAAGCCAAAGGCUAAAAAGUGAAGAUCGAGUCAGGUAAGAGAGUCACGACCGGAAUAAGUGUUUACAUGGAUGUGUUUAAGAAUAACGAUCGGCAUAAACCACCCCUCUCAAUCGGAAUACAAUUUCUUUCCGAUUGAGCCAAAUUUGACCAGAAUCUUUUGAUCGACAUGUUUGCAUGACGCAUUUUUAUUCCGAUUGGGCAUUUAUUCCGAUUAUUUGUUUUCAUGAAAACACAACUGAUGAUUCUGCACCCUUUGAAACUUAACCUCCCUUACUUCUUGUAUUUAAUUGUUGCACCUACUAUGUAUGAAGUUUACAUGCAAUGGUAAUGUUAAUAGGGGAGGUAAGAACUGAUGCCAGCAUUUAUUGUUUCCUCUAACUUAAAUAGCAGGUCACCCACCUCAAAUGUCCGCUAGCAUUUCUAGUAUUAGGAAAAGAAAAGCUUUUAAUGGAGUGGUACAUCUUAAUUGAGAUUCUUAUUUUGCACUUGAAGAGAAGGACUGCCAUCAUCCUCACAUCUAACAGAAAAACCAAGCUUCCUUCUCCUCCACCAAAUGAAGACAGAGAACUGGCUUCUGUCUGUACCAGUCUUUUAUGUCCCUUGCAGGGGGCAGUUCAAAUAUAAAAGCUGCUUUAAGCCCUGCAGUUUUUUAACUUUGACAGAGAGAAAGAGAGGGAUGAGAAUGUUACAACUCCGAAAUGCAGAGGUAACUUUGAGAAAGUAACAUAAGUCUGCUGCAAACAUGUUCAGCUUCUAUUCCUUCAUUAAGAAUGGAUCGUUCCUGUUUGAUUCAUUUCAGUCAUUGAGAUUGUAACAUGGGGGGUACUUACAAUAUCAGGGAUUGUUCCUAGAACAGCUGGAAGAAAUGCAAGAUUAAUCAGAUAGCAGGACUUACCCAAAGGCUUAGUACAGAUGUACUGGUAUGAUGACCCAGAGUGAUCUAUGAAGGCUUUGUAAAAUGAGAGUUUUGUUUUACUAAUGUCUCUGCAUUUGUUUGUGCUUUGCUUGGUUUUCAGAAUAUCAUACUGUACAGCAGACAAGAUGCAUGACAAAGUCUUUGCCUACAUUGUCCAGAGUCAGCACAAUGAAACCCUAGAGUGUCAUGCCUUCCUCUGCACAAAGAGAAAAAUGGUAAGGUGAUGAAUUAUGGGAUGUCUAAACUACUUCUGAGUGAACAAGUAGACUUGUUUGAAUAAGUAGUCUAAGAAGUUAUUCAAGUGAAAGAAAGUUGCACACACUGGACAUGCAGAACGUGUUGUGAAAAAGUUAGAUUAAAUGUCCCAAAUGUGUCUCUUCUCUGUGUAUUUUUUUUAUCAUCAGUAAGGUUAAUUCUUUUUGUUUUAAGUUAUUUUUUUAGGUCAGCCAAAGAGAGACAGAAAUUGCAGGGAGUGGAGAUCAGGGGAAGAUAGACAUGCUGCACAGAGCCGAGGUCAGGAGUCAAACCAGCAACAGCUGCGAUGAGGACUGUAGCCUCUGUACGAGGGGUGCUUGAACUGCUAGGCUAUCAGGGCCCCAGGUUAAAGUGUUUUCCAGUUUAUUGUUGUUUGACAGACUGUUCUUUCUCUUAAGCCAGUGACUCCCCUGCUAGUUAUUUGUGCGCACCUGUCAAAAAUAUAAAUAACACCAAGAAACUAACAAGUUGUUAUUCUUUCCUGUACGUUUUACUUUUUUUUAAUACUGCUCCAAAUAACAAAUAAGGAUCCCUCUGUUUUGAGUCCUUAUGCAAAUCCCACUGAAUCAACUUAUAUCUUUUUAUGCCAUCUAGGAUACAUGCUGAAGUUUCAAAAGCAGAAUACACACUCCCAAUGCGGAACUCUGCAUUUGGGUAAUUGGUUCAGCUUUUGCUUUAGGCAUUAUGAAAAUGAUUUUUAUGCUGAUACUGCCGAUUAAAGCUGCUUUGAAACCCUGGGGUUUUUAAGUACAGCUCAUCAAGAGACAGGAUAGGAAUUGUACUGCCACUUUGAGUCACACGUUGCUUGUAUUUACGCUCAUAUCCAAGUUUUCAGCCAAGAAAAACACCAGGAGUGAGAACGUAAAGGGUUGGGAGGCCGUCAACCCUCUCCCACAUUCUCUCCAUCCCUGGAGAUUUACAGAACUAGUGAACCACUCCCUCCUCUUCCUUCCCCUCACCAAUUUGCUUCUGGCCAUAAGGACAAGUAUCCUCCCAGUUACAUAAACAGCUUGUCAUGGAGCUUGCUGGUUCUCUUUGUCUUGAAUAAGUGUCUGUGAACAGACUUUUGUGUUGGUGGUCUUUUCCUGUUUUUGUCACAGUCAUAGUUCCUUGAUUUCCUUGCCCUGGAUGAAAUGUUUAAGGAAAUAAUGGAUCUUCUUUCCCUUCUUUCAUGUUGUCUCUCUUUCUCUCUCUCUCUCUCUCUCUGCUCCCCAACAGGCCCAAGCUGUAACCCUAACAGUGGCUCAGGCUUUCAGAGUGGCAUUUGAGUUCUGGCAAGCCGCCAAAGAAGGUGCCCUAGUCACCCCUGACAACCAUAUGAGUGUGAUGAACAAGUGUUGACCUUCCUGUCUUUUCUAACCCUCUACCCUUUUGAAAUAGGAUUAGUGUAUGGCCUCUAAAACAUACAAUAAAACAUAUUUGUAGCAUUUCCCCACAACACAGGCACAUUUUUGUGUCUUCCUUAGCCUCAACUUCUAGAGGAGUCAUUGAAAUACAGACUCCUCUAGAAAUCAGCACAGCUGCUGUUAUUUUACUCAGUCCCGGCAGACACACACAGCUCCCUCUGUGGUUGAAUUAUUACCUGGGGAGUCAAGGUUCCUGUUUUAGUUUAGUGAUGCCUGUUUCUUACAGGCAUGGUUAAAUAAACAUCAAGAUACUGGGGGUGUAAUUAUCGUUAUUAGUAAUCUGUCUUUUUGGAGACACACUUGUACGAAUGAGAAUUUUUUACGAAUGUUUUUUUCACUCAUAACAGAUUUGAAUAUGUUUUUCUACUUCUAAUGGGAUGUCAAAGAAUUAUUAAUGUGUUUACACUUCCACUUAGAGGGUGGGUUAUUUAUCCCAAAAUCAAGGCCACAUGUCUUGAUGCCUCUUAUUAGUCGUUUGUAUUUUUCACUUGAAUAUAUCAAAUCUGCUUCCUGUCUUUGCUUGCCUGUUCUCUUUAAUUAUUCAGCUCUUUUCCUCUCUAUUUCCUCGAUGAGUAAUGUGAUCUUUUUAAUUAUAGCUGUUUCUGUUUAGUUCAGUAAAGUGGCACCCAUGAAAGAGACUUGAUUUCUAGCUGUUUUCGUCUCACUGUAACUGUUUCUUCUUAACUCUUUGACACCACCCACAGCCCCCCCCCCCCCCCACACACACACACACACACACACACACACACAUUCCUGACCCACAUUCCCCUGUAUUUUGCAGCUCAGAUCACUCUUCGUAGAAUAUGUUCUGUAAACACCGCAGCUAGCUUUGAAAUGGCAUAUCUGUACGUUUCAUCUUUGCUACACUUGAGUGUCGUCACUGAGGGUUGUCAAUACCUUCUCUGAGCACACUUUAUUUGCACAACUAGUUAUCCUGGCUUGAUACCAGCUGUAUAAUGAUGAGUACCUCAAUUUUGAUUAAGUUGACUUUGUUUGGGCUCGUAUCUUUAUGGUGAAUCAUCAUGGGUUAACAACAGGGGUAGCUGAAGGGUCUAUUCUCCAGAGCUGAAUUUAAUUUACUUUACACUAUACCUUAAUAAACCGUCACUUUGCCAUCAUACACUUUGCCAGUCAAAACUGUUCCAGGGCUCAUGUUAUUCAAGGAUGCAAAAUGUAUUCUUCAAAAUUACAACCAUUAGUUAUCUGAAGACUCAAAGCACUGGACUUAGACUUGAAGCUAGGAAAGGGACCUUUCUCAGGGAAAGAAGAGCAACAAAGUAGAGAGAAGUUUUUUUCUUUCUUUCUUGAGGUUAAGACAACUGUGGUGAAUUAAAGGAGAAGCACAGUAAGCAGAAGUUGUGUGUACUUAUUGAAGUGCUGUUUAGGGUCACUUUGUUGUUACAUGUUAAUACCACUAGAGGGCAACAAUGUAUUGUGGGGUGCUUUGUAAAAAUUAUGAACUCCCCACUCAGAAACUUUGGCUGUGUCUGAAAUGGAUCCCUAACCCCUAUAUAGGUGACUACAUGGGGGUUAGCGCCAUUUUGAGGGGUGUCCGAAAUCUCAGUAAUCAAUUCUAGUGCCCUAUAUAGGCGACUCAAAAUUUCCCAUAAAGCAUUUCAAAAUGUAGUGACCAUCCGAUGGUCACUCACCGGUGGUGGGCAUCCCAUCAUGCAUUGUGUCUUGCCAUGUAGUGUCCGAAACCUCCGGUAACUGAGUUCACUACGUAGUCAACUAUAUAGUAAAAUCCCAUAUGGGGGUUAGGGGUUAGGGAUUGAGUGAUUCAUUUCUGACACAGCCUUAGAUUUUUCCCCAGCCAGACUAACAAAGAAGCCAUGUGAGAGUACGUACCUCUCUGUCAUCUUUUAGCUGAAGAAUACUAAAUCCCACUUUUAUGUGUUAAGACCAUAGACUGUAUAUACUAUGGACAACUUGGUUCCACCUACUGCCUGUAUACAGAUUUGAAGCCAAAUAGCUCUCGGUAUUUCUGGGAUUUUUCUUCAUUUCCUGAAACCAGUGCUGCGCAGUAGCGAUGCGCGCAUUCCCAGAGAGUCGCUGUGAUGACGCUCGGCUCAAACAGUUUAUCCCCUGGGAGAGCUACGCAAUCCCUGAACGCCAAUAGGCGAUAUCAGGUGUCAAUCAUAGAGAACAUGAACCCCCUAAUAACUUUUAAAAACGGAGCUGCACAGAAAAAAGAGGACUUGAGCACAAACCAGUCUUACAAUAACUACAUGUCAACAUCACAAGCAGGGGGGAGAAAAAAUUAUGUUCUGUGUAAUAAAUUUCUAAAGUUUGUCCACAGCCCCAUAAGCUUUGCUGGCGGAGGCGGGAUUUAUGACCUAUACUGCAGCACAUCAACAGAGGGUGCUGUUCUCGGAGUGGCUUCACCCAGCAGGGAGGCAGACUCUGUCCAUUCUUUAUACAGUCUAUGGUUAAGGCACAACAACAACUUUCUUACCCAUCUACCCCUUAGUAAGCAUUUAGAAGCACAACAAGACUUUGUCAGUUUUAUUGAAGAUUUUUACUGCCAGAUGACUUAAAUUACAUCCUGAAGGGAUUUCCAGCGAGCUUCAGCAAUUUUUUUUUUUUACACAAAUAACAUGCUUUGGUUAAAAACAUUUAACAACCAUUGUCAUUCUCAGAUCCAUGUUCAAAAAGUGAACACUUUUUCUGUUCUGUGUUCUCUACAUAGAGAAAGAGAAGCGGGUGAAGUCCAGCCCAGAUGGAGAAGGUGCCAGCAACACUCAGUCUGACAGUUUGGCCAGCCUGGGUUGUUUGAAGGGAGGAGGUGAGUAGGGUUACCCACCAUCACGUCUUUUCACUUUCUUCCUCCUUUUCCUCUUUUUGUCAAAGCAAUUACAGCCCUCGGGGGCGGGAGGCUAUUCAGCUGCUUUUCAGAGGUUGGUUUACAAAGUGGAAGUUUGGCAGCUCAACAAUUACCGUUUUACAUCAAUUUAUACUCCUCCUCACAAUUAUUAUGAUAAACAGUAAAUGCCAUUAUCGGGUUCUGAUGGUUCAUGACAAUGGCAGUGAUAAGGUUCACAAUCAUCUUCAAAAAUAUGAAGGCCCCUUGCUGUGUGGUCCGUCCAUCCAUCCAGUAUCUUUACUGGUCAGGGUUACACAGAAAGGGGCACAGCCUAUCCCAGCUCAUAAAAAAUAAGUGCUGUCACUAAUCACUUGUUGACAUUCACAGAUGAUUCAAAUUAUAAGAUACAUUCAAGUCUUGGCAAGUAAGAGGGAUUGUUAAUGAAUAGCACAUCAUAAAAGACUUAUCUCAUGCAUGCUACUGUUUAUGGUUGCACAAGUGUGAUAGAUCACAGGUUUUAAUCAAGGGGUUAACUUGCACUAAUUUGUCUUAUCGCUAAACUGCUGACUCUGUGCUAGAGGUUAAAUCCAGAGGGAAUCAUGGUAGACACAUGGAAUUUUUAAAUGUGUUUAUACGCGCUGUGUUUAAAAACAUAUUCUUGUUUUACAUCACAGAGGUAGCCACAGGAGAACUUCUGGAUCUGGCAGAGGGAGCCAAUGUGGCACUGGCCAACUCAGGAACAAAUCAAACUGAAAUGGAUCCUUUUAUGGUGCAUAAUCACACCUCAGAGAACAACAAUACUGUAUGGGUAAGACAAGUCAGGCUACUCGGUAAGCCUCAGAUUUUUUGGCUUGAGGAGGCAGCAAAAGAGAGUGCUAUCAUGCAGAAAACACUGAAAGGUUAUCCACGUUGCUUGGUAUUGUACUAUAUUGUAUUCACUGGAGUGUGUUCUGCAGUUUUACAGUUGCAUAGGUAGAUAGUAUUAUCUCAUUUCGCUGAACUGCCCUAACAAAAUUGUCAUAUAUGUAUCUGAGUGAGGGCUGCACAUAGCUUACACAAGACUUUUAAGAGCAUUUAAACAAAUUAGAGAAAUGUUAAAAAAAUAUAUAUAUAUAAUAUAAUAUAAAUAUAAUAAAUGUUAGAAAAAUAAACUAUGACCAUGAGACUCAGGACUAAGCUAUAUAAACCUGACUUGAACCUAUCUGUCUUUUUGGCAGGAGUUGGAGGAUGGUCUGGACGAAGCUUUCUCAAGGUGAGAACUGGGGUGGACUUUUGUGCUAAUUGUGUUUGCUUUUUAUUUUUAAAGCAACAAUCUUCUGUUCAGAAAAUAGCCACUUGUGGUUUGCACUGCUUUUGUAAUAUGCUCUGCCUUUCCAUCUUUUCUGCUUGUUCUGGUGCACUCCAAAGGGUUCGAGAUGGGUUCAGUUGACAGGUCAUCACAGGCAACACCCAUCCUUAGUUGUGCUGUUUUUCUAAUAGGCUUGGUGUAAAAAAAAUAUAUUAGUAAUAAUAAUAUUCCAUAUUAGCUCAGAUAGCUGCUGCUGACAGUUCCCAGCUGUUUAUUUUGGACCAUAGAAGAGAUUCAGCAUGUUAUCAAUAUUUUUUCCCCUUUGGAGUCAUCUUUUACUUUCUCUAGUAAUUGUCUCCAGUCAUCCAAAGGUUAGGAGAAUGAACUGGAUAGUCUCAAGUGCUCAGAGAGCAUUUUUUGUAUUGUUAUCAGGUGGUUAUUAGUCUGCAAUGACAUCCUUAUGCAGUCCAUUUUUGUAGUUAAUGAGGAUGCUCCAGCUGUUAGCAGCGAUGUUUCUACGUUGAUUUUUCUUCUCUACAAAAAAAUGCUGGGAAUGGAUUACAGUUGUAAGUUUUGCUAGAAUAGAAUAAUGGUAUUUGUAUUUACUUCACUGUACCCAGCAGAUGAUGUUUGUCUCACACAUACGGGCCGACUUAAUCUCUGUUUGAAUUCUCGAUGAUGGAUUGUUUAUCCUUAAGUUAUUAUUUUUUUUUUCUCAAAUCACCAUGUCCACUGAGGAAGGAUCAAUACAGAGUAUUAACAUAUCAUUUAUGUUAAUAUUUAAAGUACUGUGCUACCAUCUACUGGUGGUGGAGUGCUGAUCACUUAAAAUUGUAGGUGUAAAAGCCUUAGAAAUGCUUGUUGGUAAAAGUGGGGGAAAAGACAAGUAUUAAGUGCACAACUGUUUCCUGUCUUGCAAAGGAUUAAAGCAAUUAUGCAAUUGUAGCUGUCUAUAGUAACUUUGUAGGUAGUUUGGUCAUUUUUAAGCUCAAAUUUUUUUUUAGAAAGUGGCCAUUUAAAUGAAUGAAUUCACUUUUUUGUAAGGAUAUUCAAAGUAGCUUAGAGUGAAAUUUUUGCCUGACUUUUGAUAUUUCCUUUGCACCCUCAGCCGCAGUCUGGAUAGCUUUGAAUCUUACUCAGGUAACAAUGUCAUUUGGAUUUAGUGACAUCCAUCUCAUUUUUCCAUAGUCCACCUACUGUUCAAACCAGACUCCUGUCUGGUUAUCAGUGUUCAACCAUUCAGAUAAAACUCAUGUAGUGUCACAUUUUCUUUGAAGCUCAUACACCAUAAACAUGAUGGUAUGACUUGCGGUCCCAACACGGGAGGAAACGCCUCACUGUCAUUCCACAAAAACCACUGUAGUCUGCCAUUGUGUUCUUGUCCUCAUCAGAAAUGUGUUGUGUCUUUGUAUGAAAAUUGACAGGUGACUGGUAAGGGUGUGUACACAUGAAGCUCUGUCUCGUGUGAGUUCCAAUGACAGUUCGUGUAUCUUCUAGGGUUCGCUCACAAACAUUUUCCACCAGGAAAAAAUACUCUUAUCUAGUUACUUGUGGGUUUCAUUUAUUCAAUCAAGGUUAUUUUCAUCACAAAUAUGAAUGCUAGUGUGUCAGUAACUCGUCUUCAACCAACCAUUGUACCAACACUCAUCUGUCCAUUGUUAAGAAACUUUUGAAAGAAAUGAAUUGUUAUAAAUAGUAAGAAUAAAUUUCAUAACAGGUUUCUCUUGUCUGUUCUCUCAGACUCGCUGAGUCUCGCACUAACCCCCAGGUCCUGGACAUUGGGGUAAACCCUCAGGAUUUCAACGCUGAAGAGUGCCUAUCCCCAGGGAAAUGGGACCAAGAUGAAGCAGACUUUGCUGCACAAAAAGACACUUUUGGGUUCUAAUGUGAAACCUAUGCCAGGCCAGAAAACAGGAAGAAACGAGGAGACAGAUAUUUGUGUCCUACUUUCUCACUGUUGCCAAGUCCUCUUACGGGUAGGACGAGUGAAAUUGUGAUGCUUUUGCAUCCACAUGACCACCAAGCAAGGACAAGAUGAGUACGGUGCUCACAGAUCAGACCAAAGCAAUAGAAACCAACUUAUCCCUGAAAAUGCAGUCAUUAGUGUUUGUUACAGUCAAUGUAUCAUUUCUUUUGUUUUGAUGGUUUACCCAGUUGUAAUUUGUACCUGUUUGUAUUUUGUUUAUAUGUGUGCAGUAAGGUGUGUGUGUGAGUUUGUGUGUAGGGAUGAGUGGCUGUGUGCACAUGUGUACAUGCAUUGAUGUACAGGAUAAUACAAAUGAGAUUUGAGAACUGUUAUUUGAGUGGAUUUGGGAAGAGUUGUCAUAUAUAUUUUCUAUUUAGAGAUGGAGACAUAAGCGGAAGGACUCACUGGAGGUGAAGGUCACCAUUACCAUUUGUUCCAGUAUUGGACAAAAACAGGAUUAAUUCCCCUCUGUCCUAGGAUUUAGCCUUUCAUUGGCUACAAAAGCUUUAAGUAAUGUAUAUUUGUGGGUCACAGAGUGUUUUUAGAAAAUUGAAAGACAAAAUGACAAUCCUUUUUCUUCUUUCUAAUGCAAAAUCUAUUUUUGCACUCAGCAUUUAUCCAAUUUAAAAGCACACAUUUCAUGCAAGGGAAAAAUGAUUUAAGCUAGCAUUCAACAAAUUAUCUAAAAGGCCAAGGGCAUGGAGGUGUUCUUUGAGCACUAUUCCACUUUAGAUGCAUUUAUAUUGGUAUGUUACCUUUAUUAGAUAACUGGAUUUUUUAUGGAUGGUUCCUAGUGUUACAUUUGGUAUCUGUUUAUGUAUACAAUGAAUUUAAUUCAUUAAUUUACAUAAUGUCAGAGUUAAAAUGUGAGAUGUUAAUUUGAAGAAAUACACCACAUUUGUCUUGA